AUUCGACACGACCGCAAUGUCUCCAGCGCGAUAAUGCGCCGUUGCCGGAUAUUGAACAAGCACAAUGGCACAACCGAAUGAUUCGAGGAUCGAGCGCCGGCUUCAGCGAGUCGUCCAGCAUGGCCUGCAGAACGGGGAAACCAUCACUGUCAAGACUGUUCGGGCGCAGGUCGAGAAAGAACUCGGGUUAGAGGCGGGCUUCUUCAAGGAUCAUGAGGCUUGGAAGAGCAAGAGCAUGGAAAUCAUCCAGGCUGCUGUCGAGGAUGCACCAGAACGCGCACACGCUGCAACCACAAAGACAAGCGAGCCUGUAAAGUCCAAGAACAAGAAGGGGGCGGCGCAAACGGUGGAUGAGAGGGAUAAGGACCAUCCGAAACACAACGCCGCAUCUACACCCGCGGCGAAGAAACAACAACAGGUUGCGCCAUCGGCUGUUCGUGCAGAUGCGUCGGUAAAGGGAAAGAGCCCUGCACAGGUCAAUGGAGUUAAGCGAAAGGCUGCGAGUGCGGAAGCCUCCUCCACUGGCGACUCGGAGAGUGACGACGACAGCUCAAGCUCAGAGGAGGAGCCUCUGCAAAAGAAGCAGAAGAGCAGCUCUGGGUCUGAAUCGUCGGAGAGCUCGAGUGAGGACCACAGCGAUUCGAAGGAUGAGGGCGAGAAAAGGAAGAGUGCAAGUACUGCGGCCCCUGUGCAUGCCAUUGUCGCUGUUCCCGCAACGCCAUUCACCCCCCCUACAGGCUAUACGCCCCUACAACCACCUCAACUGGCCAAAGACCCCGCCUUCUCAACUGCGGACUUGGAACGCAAGCAGAUUUGGCACUUCACGGCCCCGACAAACGUUCCCCUCUCAUCUCUCCAAUCCUUCACUCUCGAAGCAAUCCACUCCGGAACUUCCAUUCUGUCCCACAACGGCGCCGACUACGCGCUGAGCGAAAACGAGCUCGGAGUCACAGACGCAGCCGCCCUCCUCCUCCCCACCGCCAGCGGCUACCAACGUGUUCAACUUCCCGUCUCCCGAAGCCUACGCAUCCAUCAGAAAAUCACAUUACCCAACUUCAGUAAACGCCAGGCCGAUGCCAGUACACCUGGGAGUGCCGCAGCAGGCCAGAUCGCUCAGCCGGCAGUUAGCAGUGUCCCCGCGCAGCCGAAAGGUCUCCGCAUGCGGUUCAAACCCCCCGGCUUCGGCGCUGGAAGACCUGGGAGGAUCGGAUCGGGAUCGGAAAGCACGGAUGAUGAAGACGACGUGGGCCCGCGGAAAGCUACGCUGCAGUUUCCUCGGGCUCUAGGAGGUCAUGGAACGACUACGCAGCAAGGGGCUAACGAUAUUGUGCGCGCGGCUGGGGACGAGGAGGAGACGGGGAAGAAAGCAAAGAAGAAAAAGAAGCAGAAGCAUGGUACGUCGCAGGGUAAUGACCCGGACGUGACUGUUUCGUCUAAGACGACCAGUGCUUCAGCCACUGUCCAUGACGCCAAGCCUGUGGCAGAAGCGGAUAAAGAGCCGAGCAAAGAGGAGAAGGCGAAGCGAAAAGAAGAGAAGCGCUUGAAGAAGGAGCAGAAGCGCUUGGCGAGGCAGACGAGCGAGUAAGAUACGAUCUUCAACACUGCUGGCCUCUCCCCCUCCCUUUACGGCCAGAUACUAUUCAAUGCCACUGGCCGAAACUGCCUCCCCACACGUCCUCUACAACAUGUAGUAUGCUAUCCCUCCGCCACCUGAAGCUGUAGCCGCGCUCCGUCCGGAGGCAGCAGCACGCCUGCUCCCGUCACUCGUACUGGUGCUUCGCCUUCUGGCUUGCGGAUCGCUUGGAAGCGUUGCAUAAUUCUUGCUGUCACGUGGAAGAGCUCGACGAGGCCGAAGAGUUUGCCAGGGCAUAUACGUGGCCCGCCGCCGAAGGGGCUGAAAGAAUGGCUGGGCUUGAGUCCUACCCCUGUUGU